GCUUGAAAAACUCUCCACAUGUCCUCUAUUUUCUGGAUCCUGUUUCCUUCGCCUCGUUGUUCUCCUUCCAUUGUAACUUCCUUCGUCAACCGUUUCUCGAGAAACAAACACGAAACAGAAAAUCUCAAACACCAAAUCUCACUCACAGAUCUAUUAUCGCACGCGAACUUGUCACCAUGAGCCAUCACCCGCCAUUGAAGGCAGUGACGCUCACUCACGUCCGGUACCGAAAGGGCGAUCAAUUAGGCCAUUUCCUGGCCUGGGUCUCUCUAGUUCCAGUCUUUAUAAGCCUAGGUGGAUUCGUCUGCCAUUUCAUUUUCCGUCGAGAGCUUCAGGGCAUGUUCUUCGCUUUGGGCCUCCUCAUUGCUCAAUUCAUUAGUGAACUAAUCAAGAAAUCGGUCCAACAAGCUCGUCCAGAAACCUGUAUACUUCUCGAAAUGUGCGAUUCGCACGGCUGGCCUUCUAGCCAUUCUCAAUACAUGUUCUUUUUCGCUACUUACUUUACUCUUUUAACUUUUAAAGGAAUUGGAUUGACGGAAGUUAAGCAUAAAUGGGCGAGAUGCUUCUUACCAUGGGCAUUGGCGGUUUCGACUAUGCAUUCUAGAGUGUAUUUGGGUUAUCAUACGGUGGCUCAGGUGUUUGCUGGAGCUACUUUAGGAAUUUUUCUUGGAGCUGUGUGGUUUUGGCUAGUGAAUUACAAGAUCUUUUAUUAUUUUCCAUUAAUUGAGGAAAGCAAGUUCGGGAGGAUGUUUUAUGUGAAAGAUACUUCGCAUAUAAAGAAUGUGUUGGAGUUUGAGUAUGAGAAUGCUAGAAGAGCUAGGAAGGAGCACAAGGCCAAUUGAAUCAUUGAUCAACGAUCAUUGGUUUUCUUGGUUGAUAUCUCCAGGAUUGCAUUUUAGGAUUCUGAUUACAUCCAAUUUGCUUGUGGGGAUGACAUGAUUGAGCAAGUAAGAGUCUUGUUUGUAUCACUUCAUUGGGAAAACCAUAUGGGAUGCUAGCUGGAGGAAAGAGUAUUAAGUUUUAGAUUCUUUUGCAUUUGUAAUAAAGAUCUGAUUGUCUUAUUUAUAGGAUCUCCACAGUCACAAAAAACAAAAAAGAAGAAUUGGACAAAUAAAAUUUAGUAACUUAGAUAUUGUCUGGUAUUUGUAAUUUUCUUUUUCGUUUUCACUUUUUAAUUACAAUUGAUGAUACUUUACAAAUACUUUUAAGGUUUGAUCUUGUAAUAUUGUUAUAUUGACAUUGCUUCUUAUUAAUUAUUUAAUUUUAAAAUUUUUAUUAAA